AUGAUAAGUUCGAUUGGCUUUCUUCCAAGUGGGAUUUCAAUAGAAAAUUUGAAGAAGUUCGUAAUAGACGAGAGCAUACACCAGUCGCUGAGCUAUCUAAAUAUCCCAGUCGUUGAUAAGGAAAAGGUGUCCUUCGACGAUGAUAUCGACGAGUCGGAGGAGAUAGUGGAAAACGACAUUGUAGUUUUCUGUACGCCCAAUGAGGGUGACGUAAGCUUUUUGCAGUUCUAUGUACAGAACAGGGAAUGCACAAGUAUGUUCCUGCACCAUGACACGUAUGUGUUUAGCACAAUCUGCGAUUCUGAAUAUUUUACUGUUGGAGGGGAGAUGUAUGUUGCCGUUGCCACGUUUGAGAAGGAUAUUAUGGUAUUUGAUCCGCUUGUGAGAAAUCCGGUUCUCCCCCAAAUUCUCUUGAAGGGACAUGAGGAGGCGGUUCUGUCGAUGGAGUGCUGGAAUGGAACUCUCUUCAGCGGAAGCCUUGACUCAACCAUUAUUGAAUGGGAUUCCGAGAAGGCUCUAGCCAAAAACAGGAUUCAAGCCACAGGGCCUGUUAAUAAGAUAGGUAUUUUUGACUCAUCUGUGAUUUAUUCUGUGGAGAACACCUUAUACUGCUUUGAUGGGGAGAUUAAGCUUGAAGGCGAGGUUGAAAGAAUAAGGAUCAUAGGAAACGGGAUGCUUGUGUCUGACUCCACAGGGACUUUGAGAUACUAUGACCUGAGGAAUAUGGCUAGCACAGUCGUGGAGAAGAAAAUCCAUGAAGAUUCUAUUACCGGAGUCGAUGUACUUGGAAACAAGGUGUAUACAGGAUCUCUAGAUGGAACCAUAAAGGUUGUAAGCCUUGAUACGCUUGAUAUUGUGAGUAGCAGGGAUGCUGAAGAGAAGGUGUUCUCCUUAAGAACACAUGAGGAUGGCUUUUAUGUGUAUGGAGGAGAAAAGAACGAGCCGGUGCUAAAUUACACAGAUGAUGGGUCUCUUCAGAAUGAUUUACAAUAA